AUGUGUGAAUUUGCUGCACACUUUGUUCAUGGAUUUUGUGAUAAGGAUAAAGACAAAUUAGUAAGAAAAGAAGACUUAUUUCCUUUAUUAAUUCAAUUUUUACAAAGUGAAGAUCCUCAAUAUAAAAUUGGAUUUGAGAAUUACUUAUUUGAUUUGUGUGAUGUUGAUGAAAAUAAGGCAUUGGAUAUUACAGAGUUUCUUCAUUUAAUGAAAUGUUUAGAAAUCUUUGAAAGUCAAAAAGGUCAAAGCAAGAAUCUUACAACAAUGAUGGCUUUAUUUAGGGCUAUUGAUUCAGAUGGAAAUGCUUCUUUAAGUGCAGAAGAAAUUACUAAGGCAUUAGAUAAAUUACCUAAUGACUCCUCAGUUAAUGAGGAAAUUAAAUCCGCAGUUAAGAAAAUUAAAGAAUAUUGUGGGUUAUUAGGAGGGAGAGAAAUUAACGAAAUGGAAUUCCUUGGAAUUGUUAUUCCACCAAGUGAUUUUCAACAAUACAAUCAACAAGUAUUUUCUGCUUUAUUUGAAAAAGGUGAUAAAGAUCAUUCUGGUAUGAUUUCUGUUAAAGAACUUAAAACGUUAUUUAAGCAAAUGUAUCCAGAUGGUGUUGAUGAACGAAAAGCACCUGAAAUAAUUAUCAAAUUGUUGGAUGAAACUGGAAAAGGUGAAAUUGAUAAAAAUCAAUUUGCAACAUUUGCUUGUGCUGUUGCUGGAAAUGAUGUUACCAUUAGAUGCUUAACUAAAACAAGAUUUUAUGAAGCUAUUUUUAAAAUACUUGACUCUGAUAAGAGUGGACUAUUGGAAAGAGAUGAAACAACAAAAUUAUUAAAGUCUAUGGGACUUAAUGAAAAGAAAAUUGCAAAAUGGUUUGAAAAAAUAGGAGAAGAGCCUUUGACUUUAAAUAAAUUCCUCGAAAUUUAUUUAAAGAAGUAA